AUGGCUUCUCGGCUGGAUUUCGCCUUGAGGGCAACUCGCACUUCAAUUGCACGAUUUUCACACGGCGCCCAGGGCAAUUCUGUGGCCAGCAUUACUUGCCGACUGGCGAAGCCCUAUCAACCGAGAUGCCAAACCCGUUUGUCAUCAAGCUCAACUUCAGCGCUCGCCUACAAAGCCCUGCACCGUCGAUCUCCGCUUCCUCUCCCCGUUGCGGAAAAUUCGCCCACCUGGUCUGCUCCCGCUGCCGUUUCUUCGAUUCUUUAUGAGACUCCUGUGCCUUCCACGAAACCUCCAAAGCGGCAUGUGUUGAAUUGUUUGGUGCAAAACGAGCCCGGUGUGCUCUCUCGGAUAUCCGGUAUUCUCGCUGCGCGUGGUUUCAACAUCGACAGCUUGGUCGUAUGCAAUACGGAGGUGGAAGAUUUAUCUCGCAUGACCAUUGUUUUGCGCGGCUUGGAUGGCGUUGUUGAACAAGCCCGCCGCCAAUUGGACGACCUGGUUCCUGUCUGGGCUGUCCUGGAUUACACCGAAGCCGCUUUGGUUCAACGAGAGCUUCUUCUAGCCAAAGUGAGCAUCCUGGGUCCCGAGGUUUUUGAAGAGCUUUUGCAACACCAUAGUGAAAUGACUUCGCCUGAAGGGUCCAUUUCCAUGUCAUCAGAAAAUGCCUCAAACCAGGAAGCCUCUGCAGACAAAGGUGCGCAAAAGCGUGAAAUGGAUAGGGUCAACGGCAAUCUCUCCAGGGCUGCAGACUAUCAUCCCAAUCGUUUAGCUGCCAGCGAAGCUUUGAGACAUAAACAUGAGCAUCUUGAAGCAAUUACCCACCUGACUCACCAAUUCGGAGGGAAAGUUUUGGAUAUUAGCACAAAUAAUUGCAUUGUCGAACUCUCCGCUAAGCCAUCCCGUAUCAAUUCUUGA